CCCUUAACUGCCCCCCCCCCAUUAUCAUGACUUGCCCCAAACCAACUGUCUUUUUUUAUUUGCAACUGGAGCUGAGCCCCUUCACUUACAUGGGGGGGGGGUGUAACUGUCAGGUGAAACUAACGACACCAAGAGCCCUGACCUCUCAGCAAUUGCAUCACCCCCCCCAAUUACCCCCCAUCUGGUUGCACCGUUUUCCCUGACUUGUGACAUGUGAGUGAAGAAAUGAGAGAAAUGUAAAUCCAACCCCCUCACCCACCACUUCCUCUGUCUGUCACUUCCCCAUUCAGCGAUUCAUCCCUCUGUCUCUUGCUCUCUCUGUCUGUCUCUCUGACUGUCUCUCCUGCAUCAGCUGAAUUAUAAUGUCUCUCCUCUGGGGCCCCUUAUUCUAUGGCUGUUUACUGCAUGUCGGUUGGGCGGCUGAGACUGGCCCCGUGUAUGUGGCCCUGAAUGACCCAGUUCUGCUCAAUAUCCCGGAAUAUCCCAAUGCUGAGAAAGACCAGGUGACCUGGAAAGAUGGGAAUAAUAACACAAUAGGGAAAUUCCUGAACUCAUCAUCAUAUAAGCAGCGAACAGUCUGUGAGUGUGAGCUCUUCAGGAACGGCUCCCUGUAUCUCAAGCGUCUGGACACGGUGGGAAAUGAGACCUACAGGGUGGAAGUGUUUAACCAGAGUGGAAAGUCCAUCACUACUGCCUCCCUCCUAGUGACUGUGAUUGAGAAAGUGUCGGCCCCUCGGCUGAACUCCUCCUGCUCCCCUGAUGGUCUCGCUCUGAUUGGAUGUGAGAUACAGGGAGGGACUGAUCCCCAAUACUCCUGGCUGGAAAAUGGGGUCAACCUGAGCACCUCAUGGAAUGUGAGUGGGAAUUGGAUCUCAGGAUUUGCUCCGGUCCCAGUUAAUAUAUCCUGCUGUGUAUGGAACCCAGUGAGUGAGGAGCGGAGCCAACUGGUCUCUGUGUUCUGCCCAAUUCCUGUAUCUGUUCCAACCCUGAAUGUGUCGUGCCAACGGGAUGGCAGUGCCAGGAUCCUCUGCUGGACAGACAGUGGGACAGAUCCAGUCUUCUCCUGGAGUCUAAAUGGGACAGACAAACAGGGGAGCCCCCUAAAUCAGAGCUGGAGCCAAAUCUCUAUUGUCCCCCCUCCUGCUGUAGGGAAUAUUCUCUGUGUCGUAUCCAACAAUAUCAGCCUUGAGAGAAACACAAUGAACUUCUCCUGCCCAGUUCCACUAUCAGAUCCGGUACUUGGAGUUUCGUGUGAGUCGGAGGAGAGGGCGCUGCUCACCUGCGGGGUAUUGAGUGGGACUGAUCCCUCCUAUUCCUGGUACAUUAAUGACACACUAAUUGGGAAUUCCAGUCUCCACUGGGAAGUGAAUGGGAAUAACCUGACUGUGUCGUUACCCUCCCCCGGGAAUAUCAGCUGCACCGUCACCAACCCGAUCAGUAGCAGGAACGUGAGUGUCAGCAGUGUGAGCUGUACUGUUCCUGUAUCAGAUCCAGUUCUGGAGGUUUCGUGUCUAACAAAUGGGUCGGCGCUGGUUUCCUGUAAGGUGGAAAGUGGGACAAAUCCCUUCUAUUCCCUGAUCUAUAAUGGGAAAACAGUGUAUGAGAAUUCCAGCUCCCCAUUGGUUAAUGUUUCACUCCCAUUAUCCUCCCCUGGGAAUAUCAGUUGCUCAGUGAGAAACAGAUUCAGUACAAAGGAGACCGGGGUACAAGGCAGGUACUGCCCAGUGAAACCGUGUUCUCACAACUGCCUCCAGAACUCUAUCAUCGUUGGGGUCGUGACUCUACUCGUGACUACGCUGCCUCUAGUGGUCGGCUGUGUGUACUCCAUGCCCAGGCCUACACUCAAAGCCUGACGUGUAACAGACUGGACUCUGGGAUGUCACUCACACGCUGAAUUCUCUGUAUGUAUUUAACAUCGGGAGAUGCCGCCCAAAGCUCCGCCUUCUGUUCAUUUGCAUAUUACCCACGGGCAUCUCUCUCUGCGCUGCUUGUGGAACUAUUAAUGAUGGACCUACUCAGUCUUGCCUGUAUUUACCCACUGUAUACCCAUUCUGUACCCAUAUAUAUAUAUAUAUAUAUAUACACUCUAUACCCAUUCUGUACCCAUAUAUAUACCCACUGUAUACCCAUUCUGUACCCAUAUAUAUAUAUAUAUAU